AUAUAAUUGCAUCUUCUCCCUCUCCAUUUGACCAUUUCUAUUACGACGACUAAUAUAAUGUCUUCAAAGCACAAAAAGAUUGGGAAAUUCAAGAAAAUAUUCACAAUAAUGAGCCACAAUGCAGACUGUGGCUGCGCAAAUCCAAACCCAACACAAGUCUCAGUGCCAAAACCGAUUUCCGAAGCCCACAAACCCGCCCCGCCGCCGCCGCCGCCGCCUAUCCGCCGCCCUUCUUCUUCCGCCUGCCAAUCCAAUUACGUUGACGAUGAGGAAGAGUACAGUUCCUCCACAGCUUCCGCCACCGUCGGUUCCACCUCAUCGCAUUUCUCCCGCAGCCUCAACGACGACGAUGACGAGGGCGGCAAGAUCGGGUCACACUUCCGCGGCUCUGUAGCCGUCGUGAAGGAGUCCGACGAUCCGUACCUGGAUUUCCGGCAGUCGAUGAUUCAGAUGAUGGCGGCGAGGGAUAUGUGGUCGGAGGAGGGCCUGGAAGAGCUCCUCAAGUGCUUCCUGCGGUUGAAUUCGCCGGUGCAUCACGAGAUCAUCAUUCAAGCCUUCACGGAGAUCAGGCACGGCGGCGCCGGCGGUAUUUCUAACCGGCGACGAUAAUCAAAAUC